AUGACGGUAGACUCCCAUGUGGCGAUCUUGGUAUGUGAUGGCGCCAUUGACGGCAUCACCCAGCGCUAUGGCGACUUUGGCGACAACACAGCGGCGUUGUUGGCCCAACAGGGCGUCCGUACUCACAAGUACUACGUGUAUGGCACCAGCACCUCCCAGCUCACGGAAACCUACCACCAUCUCCAGCAGGGCCUCGACAACGGCACCGUCAGCGGGAUGGUGUUGACGGGAUCACGCUCGGACGCGUUCGCUACAGGUGUGGUGUGGAUAGACAUGUUGAAUACGUUUUUACAUACAGUGUUGGGAGACCAAAACCCUUGUCCAGUCCCCAUCGCUGGGAUCUGCUUUGGGCACCAGAUCAUGGCCAAAAACCUCGGGUGUACGGUUGGAAGAAACCCGCUAGGCGGCUGGGAGUGUGGCACCACUCCCAUCGCCAUCAGCAGCAGUGCUUUGGCGUUACCCAUGUUUGAACCACUUGCGGGAGCUUCUACCCUCAACCUCUCCGAGUUCCACCAGGACGUGGUGUUGGACUUGCCUCAGUCGAGCUCAUCCAGCUUCGUGUCGGUGGGUUCCACUGCCAAGUGUGCCAUCCAGGGCAUGGUGUCGGUUUCGGGCCCUUUGAGAGUGUUGACGUUCCAAGGCCACCCCGAAUUCCACAGAGACCUUAUCAUCGACAUGGUCCAACACGGGUACGAUGGAAAAAUCCUCACCCAGAAGGAGUACGACGCCUUUUCACAGGCCUCCCGCGACCUCGAGAACCAAGGUGCAGUGGCAGGAGCAGUGCUUGCCAACUUCUUCAACGGAAAGUAG